CUAUAUUAUAUUAGUUCAACCCAUUUCAGCUUCUCUGCCUCAAUUUUCUGCAAUCAGGUCAUUAGUUUAGAAUCAAACACCGAAUCUUCUCUCCUAAACAGGAACACUCACCUAUUAACUUAACUUCACGCCACAAUUAUAAAAUUAUUUAUGAAAAGAUUUCAGCCGUACUUGUGCCGAACGCGUGAGUACCUAGUGUAACCUUUGGACUUUCCGAUAACUUUUGCAACUGCAGUGAACUUCACAAACAGAUUGCCCGAUGAUUAUAUAAAUAGUGAGCCAGGAUACUGCGUAGUCACUUCGACAGAUCACUCGAAGGAACAUCGGCAGCUCAACAUGGGCUGCGCCGCGAAGCUCAGUCUUCUGCUGCUGCUCAGUAGCUGGGCUUCUGCACAACUUGGAUCCGAAGACAGAAAGAACACAAUAUGUCCAAAACAGUCCACUCGCUUCAAAAAUCUCAAGAAGUUUUCAUAUCACUAUGAAGCUGAGACCUCCAAUGGAAUAUUCGGGACAGCCAACUCACGCUCCGGUGUCCAGAUAGCUUGCAGACUGGAACUUGAAGUACCUCAGUACUGUGCCUACAGCAUGCGGAUAAGUUCAUGCAGCUUGAAGGAAGUGCACAGCAUCAGUGCUGAUGGCAAGCCAAAUUUGGGGCCUUCUAAAGACAAUGAAGAGUUCCAGCAGGCUAUGUCCAAAUAUGACCUGAAAUUCACCACCACACAUGGACACAUGGAUGUCACUUUAUACCCAAAUAAAAAUGAACCAACCAACAUCCUCAACAUCAAGAGGGGUAUAAUUUCUGCUCUUCUGGUGCCAGUGGUAUCUAGUAAAGAUGAACAGUUAAUUGACAUGGCAACUGUGUAUGGUAACUGCACGAGCAAGAUCACAGUGAACAACAGAGCAGGCAAUCUUGCUACUCGUAUGACAAUUGCAAGAGACCUUACUCACUGUGACAAAUUCACACCUGUUGUAGACCACACUAGUCCUUUGGCAAUGGUUACAAGAAUGACAUCAGUCACACCAUUGCUUCUGUCUAGCAGUCAAUCUUGCAGCUACACCUUUGAUAUGAAGAAGCUCGUCACAGAAGCCGUUUGCAAUGAAAAACACAUUUUCCUGCCUGGAUCUCACAAAAAUCAAUAUGGAUCUGCGUCACUUGUAAAGCAAACUCUCAAACUAAAAGGAGUCACUACAACUAACAGCCAUUACUUUACUGGUGGUGAAUCAACAAUCAAGAAAGAAUUGACUUUGGAACAUGUUGAUAACAGAGCACAGAGCGCCGAUUCUGCACUGUCAGCACUACGGGACCUGGCCAGAAUCUCAGAGGAUGGUCAACAGCAACAAAGGGCUAACCUGUUUCAAACGUUUGUGUCUGAACUGAGGAGGGUAGAUGGCAAAACUCUUGAAACAGCUCUGCCUCAGCUACUUCAAAUGGAAAAACCCAGGUCCCUCACUUUUCAAGCACUUCUCCAGUGUGGUACCUCAGAGUGUUUUGGAGCAAUCUUAAAAAUGCUGCAAAGCAAAUCUGUUCCCGAAUUGCUGGCAGAUGCAGUUACCUACUCUGUAGGACUCAUGGCUUCACCAUCUGAAGACAGGAUUCGGGCCAUCCUUAAUAUAGCAAAGGUUCGGCAAACAAGGGGUACGUUUUAUGCCCUGAGUCACACAGUGAGAAGGUUUUAUGAUGAAAAGAAGCAUGUUGUGCCAGAAGUAAAGGAAGUUGCGGAUUACUUAUUGUCCAUAAUAAGAAGUGAGUGCUCUGGUGAUGAAAACAAAGUCUACCUUACUCUAAAGGCACUGGGAAACAUGGGACAAGCAGUGGAGAAUGCAGAUCCUGAAAUUAAGGCGUCACUGUUAAAAUGUGUUAAAAGCAGCGUGGCUUCCUCCUCCAUUCAGCAAGCUGCUGUUCAAGCUUUCAGACAAAUGACCUUAACUGAUGAGAUUCGCAAUGAACUUCUGGAGGUAUAUACAGAUAACACUUCACCUAUCUUGAAGAGACUGGGGGCCUACCUUCUUGUCAUGAAGAAACCAACAUCUAGACAACUAAGAAAAAUCAUAAAAAAUCUCGCAAAGACUGAAAAUGAACAAGUGAAAAGCUUUGUUUCUACACAUCUGAGGAACAUUCUGACAUCCAAGGAUCCCACAGUCCAAGAGCUGAGAAACAAAUUGGCCGAUGCUCUAAAAGAAACAGUACUUCCAGCACCCAAGAAUUUUAGAAAAUAUUCUAGAAACUAUCAAAUAUAUGAGAAAAUUUCUCUUCCAAGAACACGCAAUACUCUGGAAGGUGGAUUGCAAAGCAAUAUAAUUUUUGACCCAAACACUUAUGUGCCGAGAGCUGUAAUGUUAGAGACCACUUUGAAUGUUUUUGGUCAAUCUGUGGACCUGUUUGAGAUUGGCUUGGAAGGCAAUGGAUUUGAACCAUCGCUCGAGGCAAUAUUUGGACCAAAAGGAUUUUUUCCAAAUAGUGCAAUGAAGGCACUAUACUGGGUGGAUGGUGAAGUUCCAAAGAAAGUAUCACAAGUGCUAUUCAAGUGGUUUGGAAUCAACAGAGAUGAAGAAUAUCCAAAGGAAGAUCUGAUGAAGGAACUUGCCCAGAAUUUUCAGAAUAUGUUGAAGAAAGUUGAACAACAAACGCCAGAAGUAGAAGCUUUCUUGAGAGUCUUUGGAAAUGAACUAGGAUACGUUAAAGGUAGCGAUUUCAAGUUGCUUAAAGAAAUGAUGUCAAAAGGUUUCCAACUACUCCAAAGACUUCCAGCACAGCUCAAGUCAGCUUUCCUAUACGGUUUACGUGGUGACCUGUUUGCUCACUACAUCUUCAUGGACAGCCAGUUUAACUUUCCCACUGGGGCUGGUCUCCCUCUCAAGCUGUCUAUUUCUGGUACAACCACACCUGGUGUCAAAGCAGGGAUGACAUUUGAAGGAAAGAAGAUCAAUGGUUUGUUUAAACCCGAAGUUGCAACAGAGUUCGUGAUCCAUCUGGGUAUCAACGUACCUAAAUUUGCCAGAAAUGGAAUACAGAUGAAUUACAAUAUGUAUUUUGAAUCUGGCAUUGAAGCUCAGGUCAUGAUGAAUUCUAAUCAGAUAAAAUUCAAUAUUCCAGCACCCAAAGAAUCAGUCAAACUCUUAAGUAUUAGCAACAGACUGUCUCUAAUAUACAGUACAAAAACUGAGGAGAUCCCAUCCAUCAUGGAGAACAGAGAAGCAUGGAAAUCAUGCAGGCCUUGGUUGACAGGACUUAACGUCUGUGGAAGUGUCACAUACUCAAAAGCAAGUUCAAUGGAUGAUGCACCAAGUUAUCCACUAACUGGAGAAACAAGAUUUGUGAUUGAAAUCGAACCUACAGGCACGGUUACAGACUACUCUGCAUCACUAACAUCUCAGUCCCAGAAAAUUGAAGAGGGUUUGGAGCACUCUCUAAGGUUUGCAGCCGAGGCAGCAGGCAGUGAAAGUACUGAGGUGACAGCUGAAAUUAAGUACAACACCAACAAGCACAGUCUUACAGCAGAUGUUCGGAUUCCCAAAUUUGAUACACAAUUUGGCAUGAAGCUAGGAGCUGAAGACAAAUCUGCACGGGACAAGACCGCAUAUAUUGUUAGGUUUGAUCUCACAAACAAAAAUAUACCUGAAGUGACCUUCAAGUGCCGAGCAAGCUAUAAUAAUGAGCAGAGAGAUCUCUUGCUGCAAGGUCUUUUCUCCAUUCCUCAGCUGGAUGUUAGGACAAAUGUUGAAACUCAGAUUCAGCGUUUGCCUGAUGGAUUGUUUACUGGACUCCUCUUGGAAGCCUCUGUCUCUCAGGUUAAGGCUUCGUACCAAACCAAUUUCAGAUACGACUCUAAGAAGGUCCAAGUAGCAUGGAACUCAGAAGCAACGUCUGACCUUAAAACACUUAAUGAGAAAAUUACGAACAUAGGAGCAGUUGACACAUCUGCAUACCGAAAGACCCUAAAUAAGCUCCUUGACACCAUAUUUCGUAAAAACUUUCUCCAAACUGAUAUGACGACAAGACACAUUGUUUUCAAAUCAUUUGAGGCAAUCAACAUAUGGUUACAACAGAUUGAUGAGAAAGUUCCAUUUAUUCUCACCUUUCAAAACCAUUUGCAAACUCUGAAGAACUUGGAUUUGGAGCAAAUGACACAAUAUUUCAUUCUUCCAGAAAAAUUGUUUCUAAAGAAUCAAGGCUCCAUUGCAGGUACAUUUGGGAACGAGAAAGUUGACAUUCAACUUCCAAAUCCUUUUGCUGGGACCGUGUUUAAAGAAGUCACACUUUUUCCAAGAACAGUGAGAUUACCUCCAAUGGCAAAGGAAAUGCUUGGAAUUAAUUCAUCAUCAAAUGAUUAUACCAUACCAUCGGUAUUUAUUCCACUUGUUGGAGAAGUAACCUCGAUUCCUUCUUUUACCAUUCCCGAAACAUACAAGCUCCAGAUUCCCUCAAUUGACAAGCUCGAAUUCUCCUCCCAGCUGAACAGUAAUUAUUAUAACUGGACCUCCAGCUUCACAUCUGAACACAAUACAAAGCAAGACAGAAAGCUAUUUUCAGUUGAUGUAGAUAUCAAAGCAGACUCGCUUCUGGAUUAUUUGUCAUAUCAACUGAAAGGUUCUGCACUCUCAAGCCGAACUGGAGAGGAUGUAUCUACGGACAUUACUGGAUCAUUUAAACAUUCCCUGCUUACAACUUCGGUAAAGCUAUUAACAAAGAAUCAUGGUUUAACUGAUAAAUCUGAGGUAGAGUUUGAAUGGCAUGCACUCAGUAUAGGAGCAGCAAGGACCUCUUUGAUUUCAUCAUAUCAGUUUGGGGUUGGACAUGGUUCUAAAUUCGAAAUACAAGGGCAUGCAAGAGGAGCAGUGGAUGUAUCUUCAUUUUAUUCCACCUGGAAUUAUACCAUGUCUGAAACAUUUAACUCCCACAAAGAAGGCAGAGGAAGUUCAAUUUUAAAUUUCAACUCUGCAUUGCUCCAGAUUACCAACAGAAUGAACAAUGAAUUUAGUAGUGAUGGUUUCACAUUUUCCUCAAACACUGACAGCUCAUUUCUAAACCUAAAAAAUCUCAUCAAAGUAAGGAUAACAAAUAGGAAAUAUGAAAUGAAAUGCGACACUUCAGGCCAGUCUGCUGAUGGUGACUUCAUCAACAACAUAAAAUGGAUUAACAACAAUAAAGGACUGAAGGUAGAGAACAGACUGCGUGGUCAAAUGUUUAACACUGCCAUAGAAACUGUAGAUCAACUCCUCUACAGUGAGGGACAACUGAGUUUGUUAUUGAACUCAACAGGAAAGAAUAAAGAGAUGGAUGCAGCCAACAGAUUAAGUUUUACAGUAUCAGCAAAACAAGCUGAAGUUGAACAUAAAUUUCAUGUAGGUUAUUACAACAAACAUUUCCACACUGUAUUGGCUGGUGUAUUAAAUGAUGAUGGUCUGCAGCUAAAGUCUUCUGUAGAUUUCCCUGGUGUAAGUAACCAUGGUACUCUGAACAUUGGGAAUGGUGGUCUGAAAACUGAAGUGAACUCAAAAGUUAACAUAUAUCCUAUCAAUUUGAAACAUAGAUUCAGUAUUAAUGUUCAGCAAUCAAAAGCCAUCAUGAUAUUUGAUAUCCAAGAUGAUAAUGGUAAUUUAGUUAAUUUGAAUUUAAAUGGAAUAACAAAUAGCAGUGGAAUACACAUGUCCUGUUCUUAUUUGGGUGUUAUUUUGGAAACUAAAACAAACAAUAACAUAAUUCUUCUUCUUACUAAAGAACAGGGGCUGGUUCUUCUCACAACAACAGAGGCGGCAUAUAAAGAGGUUAUAUUUAACCAUACGAAUCAUUUUACCAUUGAUUCCAGGGCAAUCAAUGCAGUAAUGCAGACCGAUGGUCACCUUAAUUCUGAAAGCACCUACCACCAAAAUUUCAAAGUGCUGGUGCAAGCAUUCAAAUUUUCCGCCAAUUAUGAUGAGAGAUUUAAAUACCAACAGCUCGACCUUACCCAUACUGGACAACUUCUGCUUGAACCGUUCAAGAUUGACUUGAAUGGUGUAUUUGUGGGAAAACAGAUGGCCUACCAGGUGAAACAUUCUUAUGGUUUGCAAUGUGCUGAAUGGAAAGCUUUAUUAAGUGCAAACACAACAGGAAAAGUGCAGUCAAAUAAAAUUAAUCACAAGUUAAACUUGGAAAUCAUUGGACUUUCUGCAUAUUUCUCCAGCGAUGCAUCUUGCAAAUCAAAGCAAUUGCAAUUUCAGAAUCGGAUUCGCACUGCAGCUCUUCCAUUUGUCUUCACCUUUGAUGCUGAUACUGUUGCCAAUGGAAAUGUUGAUCACUGGGGCAAUCACAGUGGAAACCUUAACAAUAAAUUCCAAAUGAAGGCAGAACCAUUUGCCCUUGCACUUCAUAAUAGCUACGAAGGAACUUCUGAACAUCAAAUGAACAAUCAGAAAUUGUUAGGGACACUUCUGAAAAACACUCUAAAUGUUAUGUUGAAUCCAGGUGAGCAAUCAAGCACAUGGAAACUAGAAGGUCAGUUAAACAAUAAUGGCUACAUGCAAACUAUCAAUGCCUACAAUAAUCCAGACAAAAUUGGCAUGGAAAUUGCAAGUGAAGCAGUGGUUGAUUUUGGCCAUAAGCUUUCCUCUAAGGGAGAGAACACUGUUGAUCCAGCUGAACCAUCGAAGAUAAAAAUUUUAGGUAAUCUGCAAUACGAUAAAAAUACGAAUGUUCAUGUUUUUGACAUACCAUUCUUGGAAGACUUGCCCAGGUUCUUUGACUCCUUAAAAUAUGUAGUCUUAAACACUUUGGAGGCCAUGAACAACUUUUUGUUGAACAUGAAGGUUAGUCAGUUUGCCCAGAAAUACAAGACUAUUUUACGCCAAAUAAAUGAUUACAUUAAAGGAGUGAAUUUAGACUUAAAGAUUAAUGAUGUGAGAGAUAAAGUGCUCAAGUUUGUAACAGAGUAUGAAAAAUUGGCAGAACAACUUAACUUUGCUUUGAUUGAGGCUUCCAAUACCAUACUGACCAAUGUGCAGACUUAUCUUAACUUUCUGAAAGAAUAUGACACAUCUGAAUUGAAGGACACCAUUGUAAACUUCAUUGACCUGAUUAUGAAUGAAGUGAUAAAAAUUGAUCAACAAUAUGAAAUAACCCAAAAAGCUCUAAGUAUUGUCACUCAAAUGCAGAAAUUUCUUGAACAACUUGCUCUGCAGGAAACUGGCAUUGCUAAAUGGAUUCAGAAGCUGUAUAAAGUGUUUCAAAUUAAAUUGAUGGAAGUACAGACACAACUCCAGAACAUCAAUUUGCAGGAAUUUGCUGAUAGACUAAAACAACAAAUUUCAACAAUUAACUUUAAUGAACUAAUUGAAGAACUGAAACAAGCACUAAAUGCAUUCUUUCACAAAGUAAAUGAGCUAAUUAGGGGCACAUACCAGAUUAUUCAGUUUUUGGCUGAGGUCUCAGGAACAGAUGAUACUAUUAAAUUCAUCAAUGCCAAGAUACAGAAGGUUAUUAAAACAUUUGAACUUGAUAUUUUGGUUGAGAAACUUUUAAAUGAAACUGUGCAGCUCAUUGAACAAUACAAGGUGAAGGAAACAAUACAAGGAAUCAUAACCAAUCUUAAAAGAAUUGAUGUGAAAUCAUAUAUUGAUAGAGCAGUUCAAUAUAUUAAUGAAGUAUCUGAACAGGUAAGAUUAUAUGACUUCCAGAAAAUAAUUGACAAAAUUAAUGAAUUCCUUAACAAAGUUAUUACAGACUUGAAAGAAUUCAAUUAUAAUGCUUUUGUUGAUAAAACAAACAAUUGGAUCCAAGAAACAAGCAGUGUAGUCAAUGAUAAAAUUAGAGACUUAGAACUAGCAGAGAAAGUCAAGUCUAUGAUAAAAUAUGGACAAACAAUUCAGUCUUUAAUAGUGGACUACAUGACACAGAGAAACCUCAAUGAAUUGAUUGAUGUGAUGGUGGAUGUACUCAGAAGUAUAGCUGUGGCAAUUCACAAUGAUCUAACAGCUGCAUAUGGUGACAUGAUUGAGGAUCUCCAUGCAAGAAUCAAUAAAAUGAAUAUCCCUGUUGAAUUGCAAAGUCACUGGCAGGAUGCUGUCCAUUAUUAUGAAAUGCUUGUUCAUCACCUCUCAACAGCAUAUGAAAAGGCAAAGGAAAAGAUUACAAUUUUGGCAGAAAAGAUUGAGCUCACAGAUGUUGUGAAUCAGAUGUACAUUUACCUGGAAAAAGGUUUUAUUGUUCCAGAGCUGAACCUAGGUCUAAUAUCUGUGCCCAAGUUUGAAGUCAGCAUUCAGGUGAUUAAGCAAGGACAGUUUGUCAUUCCAUCAUUUACAGUACCUCUGACAAAUCUAACAAUACCAUCUUACCAUGUCAGUUUAAACAAACUAAAAAAUAUUAACAUUCCUACAAGAUUUGAAGUUCCAUCAAUUGCCAUUUUGAAUUUAUUUACUAUCCCUGCCUUCACAAUUGACUUGGAAACAAUUAAGGAAUUCGUUGUCACAACAAUUCAAGACAUAAAGAAUUUUGAAAUUCCCACAGCAGAGUUCCCUAUGUUUUCAGAUUUGGAUUUCCUCAUUAAGCCACUUCCAGAGAUAAGAAUUCCUGAAAUCGAUUUCAGUGCGUUACAUGUGCCUGACAUAAGGAUUCCAAAAGUGAACUUAGACAACUUCAUGCUGGAUGCUAUUAAAAUUCCAGAAUUCCAACUGCCUCAUAUACCUCACGAAAUGUCUGUUCCUGCAAUUGGAAAACUCAGUGGUACAUUCAGUAUUUCAUCUCCUGUUUACAAUUUGCACACCAGUGUUGGAAUUCACAACAACACAGUUGUUCAAAGCAACCCUGAACUUCUAGCUUAUAUCACAGCAAAAGGCAAAUCAGAUUUAGACAUCCUAUCCUUUGACUUAGAAGCUAAAUCCCAGCUAUCAGCUCUUGAGCAGAAUCUUUUGAAAGUAAGUGAAAAUGUAAAGCUUGACCACACAGCUAUCACCAUCGAUCACAAAGGAACACUUGAUUUCACAAAACCAUUUGUGAAUGGAAAUGCAGAGACCUUGAUCAAAAUUACCUCUGAACCCUAUACAGCAGAAGCAAAGAAUAUUAUAGGAAUUAAAAUAGACGGCGGACUUUCCACAAAAAUGGAGACAAAUUAUCAACACUACUUCAAUGCACCAAAAUUACUGUUAUCAAGUCAAGUGUCCCUGAAGAAUACUGUUGAAACCAUUGUUAGUGAAAAGAGUGCAACAAGCACUGCCGCAACAACUGCUCGUGGAAAAUUCUCUUUUAAGGACUACUCUGAUGAAGGAUCAUACAUAAGUGAGCUGAAAUUGAAUCUUGAUGAACCUGCUCUUAUAAUUGCAUUCGUUGGUAUCACAGACACUAAAUAUGUAAAGAUGAAACAAAACUUCAAGACUGAGAUCCUCCCUUCAUUUAAUGCCAAUUUAGUGUUGAAUGCAGAGACAAACAUUGUACAGGUUGGAAAUAGUACCAUAAGUGUGGAUGGAACUGCAGAUCUAGCAUCAUUGAAAGUAAAAUUGAUGGGAUCUCAACAUACUGACCUCCGUGGUCAUGCAGUAGGUACAGUGGAAAAUACAUUUACCUUCACAGCGGAACCAUUUGCAGUUGUUGCAAAAGCAAUUAAUAAUGUCAAUGCAAAAGUUUCUUUCCCUUUGACACUUACUGGAAAAGUGGAGUUCCUGAAUAACUACGAACUGAUAUUAAAUCCAAAUGAACAACGUUGUGGCUGGCAAGUAACUUCAAGAUUCAAUGACUACAAAUACAAUCAUAAUAUUUUUGCAAGUAAUAGUGAAGAAAAUAUCAAUUUGCUUCUUGCAUUGAAUGGUGAUGCAAACCUGUAUUUCCUGACCAUGCCCAUUUCCAUCCCGUCAUCUCCUAUUACAGAUUAUUCCCUGUGGGAAGACGCAGGACUCAAAUCACUCUUGAGAACAACACGCCAGACAUUUGACUUAAGCAUAAAGACUGAAUACAGUAAGAACAAGGAUGUUCACAACCUUAGAAUUGACUUGACACCUGUUUAUGACUGGUUUGGAGAUCUUCUUACAAUAUCUGAAAAUACCUUUAAACAGGUCAGAAACAGCAUUUUGACUUUAUCAGAAAGUCAUAGAUCACAAGUGAAUCCCAGUGCAAAUUACUUGCCAAAAUUUCUUCAUAUACCAGGUUAUACCAUACCAAUACUGAAGGCUGAAGUCUCUCCUUACAGACUAGAGAUCCCAAAUUUCCAUUUUGUUGUUGCAAGAGAAAUUACUACUCCAGCCUUUAGAUUACCAAUUAUUAGUUUCACUAUGCCUUCCUACACUUUCGUUAUACCAUCCUUUGAACUUGCAUUAGUGAAUAUUCCUGACAGUCUUUACAAAUUGUCGUUUCCAAAGAUCAAAAUGCCAGCAAUACAACCAUCUAUUAAGCUUCCAGCUAUGGGCAAUCUGACUUAUGAUUUCUCACUCAAAUCAAGUUUGGUAACACUCAGUGCUCAUGCUGAACUUUUCAACCAGUCAGAUAUAAUUGCUCGUUAUAGUGUCUCAUCUUCAUCUAUCUUCACUUCAAACUUCAAAGCAGAAGGAACAACAAGCCUGGCAAGAAGGCGAAGACUGAAAUUAGCAACAACUAUUUCUGUUUACCAUGAGACCAUUCAGGGAAAGCACAACAGCACCCUAAGUUUAGCAUGGAGGAAUAUUGAUGCUUCAAUUAAUACCAAAGCAAACAUUAAAUUUCCCAAUUUUGUCCUUAAUUUCACAAAUGAUUUGAGUGGUAAUACAAGGUCUAAGCCCAACGUGCAAUCAAAGGUGUCUCUUGACUACAGAUUGUUAGUGCCUUCAUUUGGAACUGAUCUUGAAGGAAAAGCUCUACAUUCACUCACCUUGGGCGACCUUGCAUCCUACUUCAAUUUGGAAACUUCAACUAACGCUCACGUUGGAGGAAGUGUGUCUUUCGCAAACAAAUUCUCCAGCAGUUUGAACAAUGAAGCAAGUGUGUACCUCAGUUCAAAUAACAUUCGUUCUAAUGCAAAACUUGAUUUAACUUCUUCAGCUAAGAUACCUGCUGGUAAUAGUUUUAACAUCGUGAUGAAUGAAAACCUUGCUUUAGAGGCAACCACAAGACGUAUUUUUGCUGUGUGGGAGCAUUCUGGUAAUAAUGCAGUUACGCUUAUGAAAGCAUUUACAACAAAAGGUAGUCAGACCUCUAAAGCAACACUGGAAUUAGCACCGUGGAGUGUGACAGGAAAUCUAAAUGCCAAAUUUAGUCAACCCAGUAGUUGGUGGGACAGGGCAGAUGUACAACAGCAGGUGACCGUAAGUAUUACACCAGAGACCCAGGCAUUGAAGUGGAAUAAUAAUGGUCACCUAUAUUCAACAAGCUUCAGUGAUGCAGUAGAACUAUUAAACAACAGAACAGAAAUACGUCUUGACUUGGCUAGUUCCUUGCAGGGAUAUGUGGAUUUUCUGAAAAAAAUAUGGCUUCCAGUUUAUGAGAAAAAUUUGUGGGAUGUACUGAAAUUUGACUUGACUACCAGUGAGAAGGAGCAACAAUACUUAAAUGCAUCUGCAUUAAUAGUAUGCAUAAAGAGUGAAGGUGGCUUUCUUAUUCCCUUCCCAAUCCAGAAGGUAGCCAAUGGACUAAAAGUACAUGUCCCUGAAGCAACACUUCAUCUUCCUGAAUGGAUCAAAAAUGUACCAGAACUGAUUCUUAGCAACCUACUUCCAACAGCUGGAGAAGGCUCGAUUCUCAAUGAAAUUACAUUUCCAACAAUCACAGUACCAUUGGUAAACAUUGUUGUGCCCUCAUAUAAAUUCCACUUGUCAGAAUUAAAACUACCAAGAGUCUUCAUCACUCCCGAAUUUAGAGUUCCAUAUACUACUUAUCAAGUGCCAUCAUAUACCAUUAACUUCACAGAUAUUACUAUUCCAUGGAGGACAAAUAUUCUUCAAUUUGAAGUCUCUUUGCCAGAUUUUCCUACUAUAAGUUUUCCUGAUGUGAGCAUUGAUUCUAGGUAUAUUGAAUAUAACAAAAUCCCUUAUCUUGAAGUGACAAUCCCAGAAUUCAGAAUCAUGAUUUCUCAGUUUACUCUACUAAAAUCUUUUGGAGUUGCUAUACAGCAUCUGAAUUUGGGCAGCAAUGCAAAGCAGACAGCAGAUUCUGAACCACCAGCCAUAAUAAUCCCAGCAAAGACAUUAGAGAUACCAUCACUGACAAUACAUCUGCCUCUAGCAGUAGCUUUCCCAGCAUUUAAGUCUUUAACUGGAAAAGUCGAUGUUUUGUCACCAAUAUACAAUACUACAUGGAUUGCAAGUGUGAAAUCGGAUGAAAACAAAGCAAAUACCUUCAUGGCAACAGUGGAAGCAACAUCUAGUUCUACUAUGCGGUUUCUGGAAUAUGAAUUAGAGGCAAGUGAAACAAUAAGUGAAAAAGAUGAUGGCUACAGUGUGAAUGGAAAAUAUCUGCUUUCCCAUCCUGACUUAAGUAUAAACUGGCUGGAAAAUUUAGUUAUUCAGAAUUCAAGGUUAACUACUCAAUGUGAUGUAAGCGUCAAGAGUCCAACUUUCACAGACCUUAACCUUCAUUGGCAUGGAGAUAAUAAUGGAAUUUCUUCAUCAGUCUCCACUCCAUCUACAGGACUCCUUGGAAUGAGAAUUGAAAAGAAAAAGCCAGAUGUUCUAUAUGGAAAGCUAUAUAUCCACAAACCACCAUCCGCUGAAAUAGUUAUUUUGGAAACCAAAGUCUUGUUGGAGAAUACCGAAAAUCUUCAACUGAUGUUCAAAUGGGGAAACACUGUAACCCCAGAUUUCGUAGGAGGUCUGAAGGAGACAAUACCUCUGAUGGUUGAAGCUGUCUAUGACUGCGUAAACAAGUAUCACACUGAACAUCUUGGAAUUGAGAUUAAUGCUGUCAGUCCAAGAGUUGAGGACUUGAUGAAACAGAAUGUCAAUGAAGCCUACAUAAAAACAGUCAAUGGCAUUAAAGAAGCUGAUGAUCGUUUCCAGUCUGCAGUUGAUGAUAUUGCCUCAAACUAUCAAAACGUGAAAGACAAAGCAAAGAAAUUGUACAAGACGGCAGCAGUAAAAGUAGCAAAUGUAGAUUAUAACAAAAAGCUCACCGCAUUAUUGAAUGCCAUUUCUAAUCUGACGCAAGAGUAUCAGAGUACAGUAAAAGACUCAAUUGAUGCAGCAAUCAGUUUUCUAAAACGUAACAGAUUUCAGGUUCCUGGACUUGAUGGACUUUAUACAGUUGAAGAACUAUAUAGGCUCUUCAUAAAGCAGGCAACGAAGUUUGUGGAAAGGCUUGUCAAGGAUAUUGAUGGUUUUGUGGAUGAAAAUCUCAGAAAUGCAGUCAAGUACAUCGAAGAAGUGGAGCUAAAAGUAUCUGGCACUAGCACAUUUUUUGAUAGCGCAGAAAUAAUUCAUCGGUUAAGAGUGUCUCUACAGAAACUUCAAACAAAGCUGCUUGAAGCUUUGGAAGGAAUGCAGAAUUUUAAUUAUGAACAAUGUCUACAUUCCUUAAUAGAAAAUAUACAGAACGUUACUGAAAAAAUGGUUUCAAAGUGCAAAGAUCUGGAUAACAUAAAUUAUGAAGCUGUGAAAUCUAAAAUUCAUCAGUGGUACGAUGAUAGUGUCAAUUCAGUAUAUGCAGAACAGUUGCAGAUCUAUUCAGGUAAUUUGAAAGAAUAUCUUUUAAAACAGAUUCAAAUGAGCCAAAACCUGUUGCAAGCCCUUGUUGAAAAGGUGCGGACAGAAAACAUAUAUUUGAAAUCAAUUUAUGAAGGACCGUUUGCUAGUCACUUAGAAGCAUGGACAAUCAUUGUUGAUAGAAUUACUGAAAAGUUAGUUCAAUUGUUGGCAGAAAUUAUAGAAUAUUCACAAGAAAAUCUAAAAUUUAUUGAUAAAGGAGCUAAUAUUCUGAGGCAAGAAGCAAAAGUGCUCAUUAGUCAUUCUGUUCAGACUUUUGAUGAAUAUUAUAAAAUCAUGCAGUUGGAGUUUCAAGAAGAUGGGCAAACAGUAGUUGCUGAAUAUAUUAAAAGAGUUAAAGAAAAUUUGAAAGGGGUACUUGCAGGCAUGAGGAAGCAGAUUGUUCCCUAUAAAUUUGUACUUAAGAGCAAUAUAGAUAGAGUUUCUGUGUACCUUGAUAGAAUUUAUGCAAGUUUAAUUGUUAAUGCAAGAAGAGCAGUUGAUUCAUUUAUUGAAAACUGCAGCAAAUUUACUCAACAACUAUUCAGGUUUCUGAAAUUGAUUUCUAAUGAACUAUUCGCUGGAAUGAUUGUGAAAAGGCAACCUGGAGAGCUUAUAAUUAAUGUUCCUCACCCUCUUGAAUGGAAGUCAUUUGAUGAGGUUCCCCACUUGAAAAAAGUAACAAUGAAUCAGCUAAACACAACUUUUAUCAGGGGACAACAGAUGCUACAAAGAGGUACUGCUCGAGCAUGGGAACUAAUUAUGGAGGAGUAUCAGAAAAAUAAAAUGCUACUGGAAGAAAGGAAAACAAAGCGUAAACCAAAAUUUUAAAAUGCAUCUGAAUAUUUAAAGUUGUGAUAAAUCAAACCAUUUAACAUGUACAAUGUACCAUUCUUGUGAAUGGAAAGCAAGCAAUCAUUUAUUAUUUCAGUUUUCAAAUGAGAAUAAAUGCAAAGUUCUUAAAUAACA